CGUGUCACCAGCCCAACUCUGGGAGCUGCACGCCGGAGAGGAACCCAGGCUGGACUCCUAGGUGGAAGGCAGAGCUAGAAGAGGACGAAGGGCGGGAGAGCCGGGAGAGAACCCUCCAGAUCGCUUGUUUCUCCAGUGAGAAAAGUUUCCCGGGACCGCCGGAAACUUUUUCCUGCGCGCGCAUUCUGGUGGGAAGAAGAGAGGCGGGUAUGCGCGGCUCGUGUGACUCACGCAGGGGACCCCACGGGGGUGCUGGCUAAGAGUGUGGUUAUAAGAGAGCCCAGAACAGCUCUGGAAGAAGCCCUGGGAGACGCCCUUUCCGUGGGUGACCGGAACCUUCUGGUCCUUAAGACACAGCUCAGACCUCACCUGGACUUAUGACCCGUGGCCUUGCUCCCCUCCUGCCCAUUGAGUUCCACAAGAUGGGCUCCUUCCGCCGGCCCAGACCUCGCUUUAUGAGUUCCCCAGUGCUUAGUGAGCUGCCCCGCUUCCAGGCUGCUAGGCAGGCUCUGCAGCUAAGCUCCAACUCUGCCUGGAACAGUGUGCAGACAGCUGUGAUCAAUGUCUUCAAAGGGGGCGGCUUGCAGAGCAAUGAGCUCUAUGCACUGAAUGAAAACAUCAGGAGGCUGCUGAAGAGUGAACUUGGAUCAUUCAUUACAGACUAUUUCCAGAACCAGCUUCUUGCAAAAGGACUGUUCUUUGUGGAGGAGAAGAUCAAGCUGUGUGAAGGUGACAGUCGCAUUGAGGUUCUAGCUGAAGUCUGGGACCACUUCUUCACCGAGACCCUUCCCACCCUGCAGGCAAUAUUUUAUCCAGUUCAGGGACAAGAACUCACCAUUCGCCAGAUCUCUCUGCUGGGCUUCCGGGACCUGGUCCUGCUGAAGGUGAAGCUGGGUGACUUGCUGCUACUGGGGAAGUCCAAGCUGCCUUCGUCCAUCGUACAGAUGCUGCUUGUCCUGCAGAGUGUUCACGAGCCCACAGGCCCAAGUGAGGGCUACUUGCAGCUGGAGGAGCUGGUGAAGCAAGUGGUUUCGCCCUUCCUUGGCAUCAGCCGGGACCGCAGCUGCUCAGGCCCUACAUACUCGCUGGCGAGGCGGCAUUCCAGGAUCCGACCCAAGGUGACUGUCCUGAACUACACCUCCCUGAUGACCACAGUGGGCCGGCCAUUGAAUGAGAUGGCCCUGACCCCACUAACAGAGCAGGAGGGAGAGGCCUACCUGGAGAAGUGUGGCAGCGUCCGGCGGCAUACGGUGGCCAAUGCCCACUCAGACAUUCAGCUGCUGGCCAUGGCCACCAUGAUGCACUCAGGGAUGGGGGAGGAGGCUAGCAGUGAGGACAAGCACCUGCUCCUGUCACCCAGCUUCCCACCACCUCACCGCCAGUGCUCCAGUGAACCCAGCAUCCCUGACAGCCCUGACGAACUGGAACUGGAGGAGGGGGCCAGUGGUAGCCAGGAGGACUCUGAACUGAACUGUGCUUCCCUCAGCUGAGCCAGCAUCAGGAUGAGACAGUCUCUCUCUUCCAUGGGUCACCAAGGGGUUCUCCCUUUGGGCAGUGCUGCCUUAUUUCUUUUAAGGCACAAGUGAAGCCUAAAUGCAUUAGAGGAAACCCUUGUAAACCUCUCCAUUAUGGUGUCUAUGACUAGCUCAUCAGACUGUGCAAACCCAACUGUCUGCUGUUCUCCUGACUUCUAGCCUUGCCUGCUUGAGCUGGAUCCUCGUCUCUGGGCCCUUUCCUCCCUCUUGGACUGGUUAAUGCUUCCUAUGAUAUAUCCCAGCAUUCUGGCUUUACUGCAGCAAAAGGUCAGACCACAUACAAGAGCCUUGGGAACACACCAGCCUUUGCUGUUCCCCUAAUGCUCCUGAGAGGUAGAGGCCUGUGAGUGAAGAGGAGAGAGGUUUUUGCAGCAUAUAGUCAACUGCAGCCCCUGUCACACAUGGCCCUGGGAAGUGCCCUCCUCACUUUAAUCUCAGAAUUACUGGGAAAGAAUUGUCCCACUGGUGGGUGACGGUCCAUCCUUACCUCUCUCUAGACGUCAUGCAUAGUCUACACAAAGGGCUUUGGCCUAGGAGAACUACCACACGGGAACAACCCUGUCUUGCAUUAAGCCUCAGUGUGUCCCUCUCAGGCUUCCUCCUAGACUCCAGGAAUGAACUUUCUCAGCCACUAGUGCCUUAUUCCCACUCUAGUUUUAGAAACGGACCACUUUCCUGUUACUCAUAUGCAGGCCUGGCUGAUAGCAGCCGACUAUUGUGUACCUGGAUUUCACUUGAAUUUCUUAAAUGUGUAUUGUUUAGAAACAUUGUUUGCAAAUGUUUGCACAUAGGAUCCUGCACUGUUCAUUCCUAGUGGGAUAUGUCUGAAAACAAGUGGACCCGUUGGGAAAGGAGACAGGAAGUGGUUCAGAAAAAAGGGAUCUGUGGCUGGCAGGACUCACAGACCUUGGAGCUCUGGAAGGAGCUGGAACCUGAGUCUGGAAUGGCCUGUAUUUGUGAGUGUCUUGGCUUCUAGGGAAGGAUGCUUUGAAGUGGGGAGACCACCUCUUGAGCCCCAAAAUAUAGUAACCAGAAUGUUUUUUGUGCUUUACAGUGAAAGGGGACAUGAGGGUUCAGCACAUUUUAUUUGGAAGGAUGUUUAUUCCCUGAGGUUACAAAAGAACCCAGAAGUAUCUGGAAUUUCUAUCAAAUCUCAAAACUGUAUGAGGCAGCAGGCUUUGGUGCUGUGUUCAGUUCAUAACAUUGUGCCCUCCAGGAUGGAGGGGCUUGUUGUCGCCUUGA